AUGGUGUUGGCGGAGCUCGGGCAGAAGAUUGGGGCGGCGAUCUCCAAGAUGUCGUCCAAGUCCCUGCUGGGUGAAGACGACGUGAAGGAGCUCCUCAACGACGUCGCACGCGCUCUGCUGCAGGCCGACGUGCAUGUGAAGACGGUGAAGGAGCUGCAGCAAACCAUCCGUGCGGAGGUCGCCAUCACGUCGGAGGCGGCUGGGCUGAACAAGCGCAAGAUGUUGCAGAACGCUGUGUUCAACGGCAUAAAGAAGAUCCUCGACCCUGGUGUGAAGCCAUUUGUGCCGGUAAAGGGUAAGACGAACAUUGUGAUGUUCGUUGGCCUGCAAGGAUCCGGCAAGACGACGUCGUGCACAAAGUAUGCGGCGUACUUCCAGCGGAAGGGAUUUAAGACUGGGCUUGUGUGCGCUGACACGUUCCGCGCUGGUGCCUACGAUCAGCUGCGUCAGAAUGCGACGAAGGCAAAGGUGCGUUUCUACGGCUCACUAACAGAGGUGGACCCUGUUGUUAUCGCCAAGGAGGGUGUGGCGGAGCUGCAGAAGGAGAAGUACGACCUCAUCAUCAUCGACACAAGCGGCCGCCACAAGCAGGAGUCUGCCCUCUUUGAGGAGAUGAAGCAGGUUCAGGAGACAGUGCAGCCGAACGACAUUGUCUUUGUUAUGAGCGCAACGGACGGGCAGGGCAUACAGGAGCAGGCGCGACAGUUCAAGGAGAAGGUGCCGGUCGGCUCUGUGAUUGUGACCAAACUCGAUGGACAAGCAAAGGGCGGCGGUGCACUAGCGGCAGUUGCCAUGACAAAGAGUCCCAUCAUCUUCAUUGGCACCGGUGAACACUUUGACGACUUUGAGUUGUUCCAGCCGGAGAGCUUUGUGAGGCGGAUGCUGGGGAUGGGUGACAUGCGGGCACUGAUGGACUCCAUGAAGGACGCGAACAUUAACGCUGAUAGCGAGCUGUACAAGCGCUUCCAGGACGGUCAGUUCACGAUGCGCGACAUGUACGAGCACCUGCAGAAUGUGCUCAAGAUGGGCUCCGUAAGCAAGCUCAUGGACAUGAUCCCUGGCAUGUCGGCGCUCGGCGGCGCCGCGGGAGAGCUCGGUGAUGUGACGCUAAAGUCAUUCAUCCACAUCAUGGACAGCAUGACCCCCGCGGAACUUGACGACGCACGUGUGAAGAAGAUGAUGACGCCGUCACGUGUACACCGCGUGGCGCGGGGCAGCGGUCACUCCAUACUUGCGGUGCACAACCUGAUUAAUAGCUACUCCAAAUUUGAGGAGGUUGUAAAGAAAAUGGGCAAGAUGAACUUCAAAGCCAUGACUCAGGACCCAGGCAGCAUGCUGUCUGGGCGCAUUGGGCAGCAGCAGAUGACGCAGCUAGCGAAGGCCCUCAACCCGAACAUGCUGCGACAGCUUGGCGGUCUCGGUGGGCUGCAGGACAUGAUGAAGCAGCUGCAGAAUAUGAAGUGA